CGAGAAGGCCCUUCAUUAGGAGCUUGUAUCGAGUAUACAAGCUUGUAUCGUGUGAGAUAUUCUGAGAGUUGUGCAUUUGGAAGCUGCCUUCCAUUGGUGGAGAAAGGAAUAGUGGACGACAGCCGCAAAUAAGUGCUUCUGCUUCAUACACAGACAUUGCAGAUGCCGGAGGCACGGAGGAGACCAAAAAGCAGCACUGUGGUUAGGAAAUCCUGACCGUCUCAUCCUUAUCAUAAAACCCACCAAGAUACAACAGAAAUGGUUCAGCGCGUCCUGCUCACAGGCGCCAAUGGCUUUAUUGGCAGCCACAUCCUCUCCGUUCUCCUCUCAAAGGGUUUCUCAGUACGAAGCGUUGUGCGCUCCCAGGCCAAACUUGAUCAAAUGCGCAAAGACUUUCCCGACUACAGCAAUUCUCAACUCGACUUCGCUCUGGUGCCAAACAUCACCGCUCCAGGGGCGUAUGAAAAGGCAGUGAUGUCCACUCCGCCAUUUGACACCGUCAUCCACGCUGCCUCGCCCUUCUUGUACCGCAUUGUCAACGACAAUAGCGAGUUCUUGGUCCCUGCGUUGAAUGGGACAAAGGAGAUCCUCAAGGCUGUGAAGGCACUUGCCCCAAGCGUCACGAGGGUAAUCAUCACUGGAAGCUGUGCAGCAGUUGUUGAUCAUUCAAGCGAGACUGCCAAACCCGCAACUGCAGAAUCCAAGAAGUAUACCGAAGACGACUGGAAUCCUGAUUCCUGGGAGACGGCAAUGGCGGGCACCCUGAACGUGGCAUAUCGCGCGAGUAAGACGUUCGCUGAGAAAGCAGCAUGGGACUUUCUGGAGACAGAGAAGCCUAACUUCGAUCUCGUCGUACUGAACCCCCCCAUGGUGUAUGGCCCAAUCAGACAUUCUGUUCCAAGCCCAAAGGAACUUAAUGAGAGCACAGCAAGGAUAUAUACCCUCUUCAUUGAAGCAAAGGCUGAUGACGAGCUUCCACCAAAUGGUAUGCCAUCUUAUGUUGAUGUAAGAGAUCUAGCAGACGCGCACUGUCUCGCUGCUACAACUCCCGCUGCGUCAAACACCCGCAUGAUCAUCUGCGGUGGGCGGGCUUCCAGUCAGGACAUCAGCGACGCGUUGCGCGAGAAUAUCCCUGAGCUUCGGGCAAGGACGCCAAAGGGUCUUCCUGGUGGAAACCCAUUGGCAAAGAACGCAUAUUCCUGCAGCAGUGAGAGGGCGCAGAAGGUAUUGGGGUUGAAGUUUAGGAGCAGAGAGGAGACUUUUGUCGGUUUGGCUAGGCAGCUGUUGGAUCUUGAGGCGAAGAGUGCGGCCUGAAUAGUUAUACCAACUUGAAUUUAAAUAUAAUUUAUAGGUUACA